AUGUCUCGGCGCGGCAAACAAAUCCCCAGAGGCCAGUCUACCCAAAGCACGCACGACGUUGCGAUAGAGGCGGUCCAAUCGUUCCAUGUGGGCUCGCUCGUCAUCCCAGCUGGUCAAGGAUGGGCGCCCUUAUUGCUCCGAUGGCACUUUGACGGGGGAGCUUUGCCAAGAACGGGUUUUUGCGCGCGCGGGGGGUUUGGCGGCGGCGUUUGGAUUGGCAGCAUUGAAAGGCACGAUGUAAGAGCACAGAGUUUGCCCGUCAGACCGCUUGUCGACGUAGAGAGCCAAGUCUGGACCUGA